UCCAUGUUGGGCUCUCUUUCUCUUCUGUGGCUGGUGGCCAUGACCACCUCCUUGGUUUCCCAAGCUCAGAUAGUGACCAUGGAAGACUACCAGGAAGGGGAAGAAGAUGAUGUGACAGGAACUACACCUUCCUUAGCUGUCCGUUGCAACUAUGACCGUUGCCGCCACCUGCAGGUGCCCUGCAAGGAGCUGCAGAAGGUUGGGUCAGUAGCCUGCCUGUGCCCAGGGCUCUCCAGGGAAGACCAGCAGCCAGAGCCUCCUCGCCUGGUAGAAGUGCAAACAGUGGCUGAAGAAGGCUACGCAGUGGCUCACUGGUGUGCUCCCUUCUCUCCAGUCAGCCACUACUGGCUUCUGCUUUGGGAAAGCAACGGGGCUCCGCAGCAGAGUGCCUCUCUCAAUGCUACAGUUCGAAGAGCAGAGGUGAAAGGACUGAAGCCUGGGGUUGCUUAUGUCCUUUGUGUAGUGGCUGCUAAUGACGCUGGUAAGAGCAAUGUUCCUGGGGCAGAUGUUGAGGGUCCUGAGAACUGGACUGGCCCUUCCCUUGGGCCCUGUCGCAAGUUUAUCAUGCCGCCUAAGCCUGUUACCCUGGUCCACGCAGCCGUGGGAGUAGGCACAGUCCUAGCUCUGCUCAGCUGUGCAGCCCUGGUCUGGCAUUUCUGUCUUCGUGACCGGUGGGGUUGCCCCCGACGACGUCAAGGUACCAGUACUGCCCAAAAUUCAGACGCUCUCUGAGGAGUGUCCCAUCAACUACAAACAACUCUGGUGCAGUCCAGCCUCAUCUGGAGAGCCCAACCCGCUCCCAGGAGGAGUACGGGGCUUGCUGCCACCUGGCACCAGAGACACAGCCAAGCCAGAGCAUAAGCCCGGGCAGUUAGUCUCAGAACCGACAUCUGCUUCGGUCCCUAACUAAAUAGUCACUAUGUUCCUUCCCUGUUGGGGAUUAGAAAAGUAACAAUUAUUCCUUGGAGGUCAGAUGAAAAUGAUUAAGCUUUAUGGCCUUGAGGGGAUAAAAUUACAGACAUUAUAUAUGUACUUAUAUAUAGCCAGUUAAAAUGGAGCUAUGUAAGGCCUGGCAUGGUGGUU